AGGUACCAGUGCCUAUUCCUGGUGGACUCUGUGGCAUCACUGGGCGGGGUCCCCAUCUACAUGGACCAGCAAGGCAUUGACGUCUUGUACUCUGGCUCCCAGAAGGUCCUGAAUGCUCCACCAGGGAUCUCUCUCAUCUCCUUCAGUGACAAGGCCAAACACAAGGUCUACACUCGGCGGACAAAGCCUGUCUCCUUCUACACAGACAUCACGUACUUGGCCAAGCUGUGGGGUUGUGAGGGCAAGACCAGAGUAAUUCACCAUACCACGCCGGUCACCAGCUUAUACUGCCUGAGGGAGAGCCUGGCGCUCAUUUCAGAGCAGGGCCUGGAGAAUUCCUGGCAGCGGCACAGGGAGGCUACGGCUUAUCUGCACAAACGCCUGAAGGAGCUGGGCCUGCAGCUCUUUGUGAAGGACCCGGCAAUCCGGCUACCCACCAUCACCACCGUGACUGUGCCCGCUGGUUACAACUGGAGGGACAUCGUCAGCUAUGUGCUGGACCACUUCCACAUUGAAAUCUCCGGUGGCCUUGGGCCCUCCGAGGAGAAGGUGCUGCGGAUUGGCCUACUGGGCUGCAAUGCUACCAUGGAGAACGUGGACCGUCUGGCCCAGGCCCUGAGGGAGGCCCUGCAACGUUGUCCUAAGAACAAGUUGUGAGCAUUCUCUCACCAGACUAUGCCCUCCUGAGGGGCUUGGGAGUGGAGCAGGAACCAAAAGAUAGUGCAAGGCCACCAGGCCUGGGGACGGGCAAAGCUGCUGAUGCAGUCUGUGAGGCGGGAAGGAGGAGGGUAAAGCUGCCCCUCUCCCGACAGAUGGGACCCUGUGGACACAGGACGGUAAUCACCUUCCAACAACACUGCAGUCUACAGGCCACUGGCCUUUGGGAAUCU